AUGAUGCAGCAGAUAGAGUACUUCUCAGACCUCAAAGAUCAGAUGUCAACCAGACUUGGCACUGCUAGAGUGUCGGCCUGGGCCUUGCUGUCGAAAUCAAUCUUCCUUGUAAGCGCCGGUGCGAAUGAUGCCUUUGACUUCUUCUCACAGAACAGAUCACCGGACUCCACCGCCAUUCAGCAGUUUUCUGAAGCUAUGAUCUCCACAUAUGAUAGCCAUGUCAAAACAUUGUACAAUUUGGGAGCGAGGAAAUUCGCGGUGAUCAAUGUGCCACUAAUUGGGUGCUACCCAUACUUGAGAAGUCAGAACCCAAGUGGAGAAUGUGUUGAUGCAUUGAAUCAGUUGGCCAAGAGCCUGAAUGAUGGAAUCAGGGAGCUGUUCAGCAAUCUCAGCUCAGAAAUGCAGGGCAUGAAGUACUCCAUUUCCAGCGCCUAUGAGCUUGUCUCUAGUCUGAUUAAAAACCCGCAUGCUGCUGGGUUGGAGGAGGUGAAGAGCGCAUGCUGCGGUGGUGGCAGGUUCAAUGCUGAGAGAGGGUGCAUCCCCAACUCCAACUGCUGCAGUGACCGCAGCAAGUACCUCUUCUGGGACCUCGUGCACCCUACCCAGGCUACUUACAAGUUUGCGGGCCUUGUCUUCUAUGAUGGACCAGCGCAAUUUGUCAGUCCCAUCAGCAUCAAGCAGCUCAUUGAGGCAUAA